UGGUUGACGACAGAGUAGUCACAAACGUAACGGAGAUAAAUUUGUAUAAAUGUUUCAAUUCCCUAGUUGUCCAAGUUAUUUUACGAUGUGUAUAUUUGCUAAUGAAUGUUUUAUUUAAAGUGGGCUUAUACCGAACUGGUAAAGUUACACUCGUGAAAGUUUUAUGUAAGUCACCCGAUUGUUUGUUUGUGCAAGAAGCGAACAUGGGUCUGCUGUCUGAGGGCAGUCCACUUUCCUGGGAGGAAACCAAGAAGUUGGCAGGACACGUGCGUCAGCACGGCGUGGAGCAGUUCAUCAACUUAUUCGCGAAGCUUAGGGACCGCACGGGAGAUGUACUCAAAUGGGGGGAUGAGGUGGAAUAUAUUAUAGUGAAGUUUGAUGAUGUGCAGCAACGAGCUACAGUUAGCCUCAGGGCCAGUGAGCUGUUGCCAUUGCUGCAGGAAAAGGAACAAGCAGAUCCAGAGAACGUAAAGUCCCUUUGGCGUCCAGAAUAUGGAGCCUACAUGGUUGAAGGUACGCCUGGCAAACCUUACGGAGGGCUUUUGGCACAUUUCAACGUUGUUGAAGCAAAUAUGCGAUAUCGCAGGGCUGAAGCCACCAGAUUGUUAAAUGAAGGCGAAGUCAUCAUGAGCAUUACUAAUUUUCCAAGACUUGGCUGUCCGAAUUUCACGACACCUCCCUAUGCUCCGAAUCCAAGAGAGGGCGUAACGCUUUCGCACUACUUCCCCGACGAGGGGAUAUUCCCUGGACACCCUCGCUUCAAAACUCUCACAGCGAAUAUCCGCCAAAGGAGGGGCGAAAAGGUUGCUAUAAACAUACCAAUAUUCAGAGACACGGAGACAAAAAUCCCCGUCGACAACUCGCACCAGCUGGAACCAACGGCUGCUAAGCCUGACUGCGUCUACAUGGAUGCCAUGGGGUUCGGCAUGGGCUGCUGCUGCCUGCAACUCACUUUUCAAGCUUGCUGCAUCACGGAGGCGCGGACGCUUUAUGACCAACUUGCUCCGUUAUGCCCAAUAAUGUUGGCAUUAUCAGCCGCUUCACCAGCUUACCGUGGCUUUCUUACGGACGUGGACUGUCGCUGGGAUGUGAUUUCGGCGUCGGUGGACUGCCGCACGCGGGAGGAGCGCGGCCUUGAGCCACUUAAGAACAACAAAUUCCGCAUACACAAAUCCCGUUAUGAUUCUAUUGACUCGUAUCUCUCACCCGAGCAUGAAAAAUACAACGACAUCAACAUAGUGCACGACGAGGCAAUUUACAAGAAGCUGCGCGAGGGUGGCAUAGACCAUCCUCUCUCUGUGCACGUCGCGCAUCUCUUCAUUCGAGAUACUGUAUCGCUCUUUUCUGAGAAAGUUAACCAGGACGACAAGAAUGAUACUGAUCAUUUUGAGAACAUUCAAUCGACGAACUGGCAGACCAUGCGUUUCAAGCCGCCGCCGCCGAACUCCCCAAUUGGCUGGCGCGUGGAGUUCAGGCCGUGCGAAGCGCAGCUGACUGAUUUCGAGAACGCUGCUUACGUUUGCUUCGUGGUGUUGCUCACGCGUGUCAUUCUGUCGUAUCACCUUAAUUUAGUUAUACCUAUUAGCAAGGUGGAUGAGAACAUGCAGCGCGCGCAACGUCGCGGCGCCGUACUGACGGAGCGGUUCUGGUGGCGACGCGAUAUCGGCGCGCCCAAAGACGUCGCACCAGAUGCAUCUAACGCACCCGACCAAUACGCCGAGAUGACCAUCGAUGAAAUUGUUAACGGGAAAAAAGGCAUAUUCCCCGGGUUAAUCCCACUAAUCGAGUCGUACCUGUCGGGCAUGGAUGUGGACGCCGAUACGCAUUGCUCGGUGCAGCAGUACCUCAAGCUGAUUCAACGACGCGCCUCGGGCGAGAUCUCCACCAUGGCCGAUUGGAUGCGCAAGUUUAUUACUACACACCCGCAGUACAAAAAAGAUUCUGUGGUAUCCGAGAAGAUAAAUUACGACUUACUGAAGACAGCGUACGAUAUUCAAACCGGCAAGAUCGCGGCACCGACCUUGCUCGGCACGAGCUCCGUUUCCAAGACCAACGAAGACAUCCCAAAAGCCUUCACCAAGAUGAUGACUAAAGACUGCCCGUAACCAUGGCAAUGCCAC